AUGUUCACUCGUCUCAGCUUGUUCGAUGAUGGUAGUCUGUUGGCCAAACUUCAGGUUAAAGCGACGUGGACGGAACAAAUUAAGGGUAAACAGUUGAAGGAUGAGUCACUGGGUCCUCAAUUUCGACAGAUAGAGAGUGGGGAAACUUUAGAUUUUGGAUUGAACGGUGGAAAUAAGAUGUAUGUAGAUCUUUGUGAGGUAUAUCGGUGGUCAGGGCUUAAGCGUGAUUGGGAGAGGGUGACCAUGGAUUUUGUUAGUCGGCUGCCCUUAACGCCUUCUAAGAAAGAUUCGGUAUUGGUCAUCGUGGAUCGUUUGGCCAAGUCUGCCCAUUUCAUAUCGGUUCAUACUGAUUACUCACUACAGAAACUGGCUAAGCUAUAUGUAUCGGAGAUAGUGCGACUGUACAAGGUUAGACGUCAAUACUGCGUUCCACCCUCAGACAGAUGGUCAGUCAGAGAGGUUGAUUCAGAUAUUGAAGGAUAUGUUAAGAAGUUGUGUAAUAGAUUUCUGAGGCAGUUGGGAGGACUACUUGCUGUUAGCAGACGUAAGAAGAUUGAGUACUCGGCGGGGGACUUAGUUUUUCUUAAUGUCUCACCGUGGAAGAAGAUACUGAGAUUUGGUCAGAAGGGCAAGUUAAGCCCUAGGUUUAUUAGGCCGUACUAUAUAUUGAAGCUUGUAGGACCAGUUGCCUAUCAACUUGAGUUACCUCCAAUGUUGGACCGGAUUCAUGACGUGUUUCACUUCUCCAAGCUGAGGCGAUAUCAUUCGGAUCCUACACAUAUUGUCUCGACCAAGGAGAUUGAGGUUAGGCCAGAUCCGACUUUUGAUGAAGAACCAGUGCAAAUUAUAUAUCGUGAUGUGAAGGUUUUAAGAAGAAAGCCAGUUCCGCUGGUUAAGGUACUAUGGUGUAAUCACAGUUCUGAGGAAGCCACAUGGGAACCCUAG